ACGUGUCAAAACAAAUGCAUGCAGUAAAGUCAGCUACAUGCUGUAGCUAGGUGAGAUAUGCUAACUUAUAUUUUUGAAUACAGGUCAUUCUAUUGUCUAAAUUAAAUUCACUAAACUAUUACAUCAUCAGGGAUUAACUGUUCGAUUUACGUCCGCCUAACCUGGCGAUCAUAAAAGAAAAGAGUCAUGAAUGAUAAAUGGAAUAUAAACUUAGUUAAACUGUAAAUUCGUGCGUUGCAAACUUCUCUACAGGUCAUUCAUUUCAAUGGCAGCCUCUAUAACAGAAGGGAUAAUAGCAUGUUCCAAUAUCAUUCAGUCGGUCUCAGCCCUGUACACUGCUCAUCAACUCUUUAAGGACCACAGAGCUCCAUCAGUAGGUCUGUUCCUGCUUGGCCUCUCUGCAGGCCUCUGUGCUCUGCCUCUCUCCAACCCAGUACUCAUUUGUCUGCAGACAGAUCUGGAGUGGGCAGGAGAGAUCCUUGCCCCACCCCUGGUCUCCUUUGGCUUCCUGUGGCUCAGCCAAGACCAUGCCACUGCCCAUGUGCUCCUGAUUGGCUCCGGGCUUCUCCCACUACUCUGUGAUUGGCUUUCUCCGGAUGGACUCAUGGUGAUGACCCGCUGCUUGGCCCUGUCUUCUCUGUCCUGUUCCCUGACAGUGUGUCUAUUUGCUGGGAAUGCAACAGGGGCCCUGGGGAGUGUGGCCCUCAGCCUGCCCUCACUGGUAGCCCCCAGGGUUGUGCUCCACUCCCUCACUCCACUCAUCUCUCAAGGUGCCUUGGAGGGACUGCUUAAGUGGCUGUUGAAAGGCUCCAUGGCUGUAGGGUGUAUUGCUUCUAAACGGGCCCUUGGUGUGUACCUGGAGGACCUGAAGAACUGGGACUGAUGUUACUCAUUAACUAAAGAUAUUCCUUGACUGACCCAGCGUUACACUGACAGAAUUGAUUGCAAAUAGCUACUAACUGCGUGGGAACUGAAAUGAAUGAUCUAUUUAUGUAUAUUCAUUGAGAGAUCUGUUACAAUGUCCUAACAAUUCGUUCAGAGGGUCCCAUCAGGUAUACAAUGUCACUUUGGAAGUGGAGGUCAGAUGAUUCAUAGGGACAUGGUGGCUUUGGCCCAUCAAAGGCCUGUCUGAAUCCAAGGCAUUGUUCUGACAACAAAGCUGCUUAGCACUGAUGAAGCCUCACCACAGGCCUCCUUUUAUGCAUCCCUCCAUGUAAGUCACAAGGCACUGGUACACAUGUCUAUGUGACACAUUAGGUGAUACUGUUUAUGAUCAUGUAGGCACUGAUUCUGGUUUCAUUUUGUAUUUGAAUCUUAACGAUUAUUGUUGGUGUGUCACUCCAAAUACUCAUUUACAUUUCACACCACUUGGAAAUCCACACCUGUCAGUAUUUAUUUGGACGGCUUACUUGGAGAAUCCUUGCUUUACAACAGAAUAUAUAAAGGCAUUUUGAAGUGCCUUGCGGAUAUUUGUUUGUAUUCUUUUCCUCUAGGUGAGCUUGGCAACAUUGUGCAACAAUGUACUCGCGUACAUUUCAGCCUGUACUCGUGGGAAGCCUAUUGUAACUCACAGCACGUCUACCGGCCAAAAGCUUCAGUGUGUGAGGACAUGCUCUGGGUUCCAAAGCACCACAUUCUGUUCAUUCUGCAGCAUCAGCAGUUACAACCUCAGCUAACCAGAUACCAUGUCUUCCAGAUGUGCUUAGGAUCCAUUUGGAUACAUGUGCAUGCACUUUGCUUUUCAUUUAAAGGAUGCUAACAAAUUCAGGCAGACAUAUUUUGAUCUGCAUAAAGGUUAUUUAGGAAUUAGUCUGUAGCUGCUUGAUUGAUGCGUAUUUGUUGCGUCACCUUAUUCCUUCUGCUUAGAACAUGGCCAAGCAUUGUAAUGUGGAUAGACGCUGAGUGGGCACUGCAGAACUGUUUGGAGUCCCUGGACUCCCUGGACUCUUGAGCAGAGCAGCACUGAUGUCAGCACUUUGCAGGCCAGGACCCUAACCUAGAUUCAGGACUAUGUCCAGCUCACACCUACAGAUAAGGUCAUAACACAAAAAACACCAAAACCAGACAUUUUGACCUUUUUGACUAUGCAAAUAAUCUAUAUUAAAAUGAAUACCCUACCACUUCAGGACU